AUGGAUACUUGCAAGCAGAACGCGCAGGAGGACAUCUCUGCGGGAUCCGGCGAUGUGAGAAAGUUAGUUUUGAAAGCCGGCCGCAGUAAAGAAUACACCGUCGUGGUUCCCCCCAAUUCUUUAACUAUUCGCGAUAUUCAAAAGCAAAUCCCCGCCAAGUACUUUGAACGCAGUACACGUCGAAGUCUACUGUAUCUCCUGCGGGAUCUUGUUCAGCUCUUUCUCACAUAUGCCGUGAUGUACACCAUUUUGCUUCCCAUCGCUGCACAGAUAUCCACAGCUUUACUAAACACUGCAACGGCAUUUAAUUCCCACAAUGAAAACAACAACAGUAUUAUGAGUGUAUCUUUACAAGCCAUUGCCACUACCGUUUCAUGGUUGAUGUAUGCCAGUCUGUGGUGUACGUUUUGGUUUGUGCAGGGACUUAACGCGACGGCUCUGUGGGUUCUUGCGCACGAGUGUGGACAUCACGCCUUUAGUCCCCGCCGUUGGUUGAAUGAGGCGAUUGGGAUGAUUCUGCACACGGCGCUGUUGGUCCCGUAUCAGAGUUGGCGCCUCACACACGCCACCCACCACAAACACACCAAUCAUCUCAGUAAAGAUCUCGUCUUUGUGCCCCCGCACUGCGAACCAAAUAACACUAACAAUAAUAAUAAUAACAACAACAACGGUGAAGAGAAACAACACCAUAAUAAUAAUAAUAACGAAAAGAUAAACCAGAAGGAUGGGAAUGGGGAGGAUCAUGUGAUGUAUCGGAAUUAUGCGGAGUUUGUGGAGGAUACCCCUGUGGCGGUUCUCUUUGGUGUUGUGCGGAUGUUGUUAUUUGGAUGGCCUGCGCAUCUCAUCUGCAAUGCCGGCGGCCAACCCCGCUACGGGGCCGCCAGUCAUUUCAACCCGCACGCGCCGUUCUUCCGGCCGGCGGAUGCCCCUGCGGUGGCGGCGGCGGCCCUCGCGGUGGCCCUCGCGGUGUUUAUUCUCGUGCUCGCGUCCCUGCGGUGGGGAUUUCUCGCUGUGCUGAUGUGGUACGGUGUGCCCUACCUCUGUGUGAAUGCGUGGCUGGUGUACAUUACAUACAUGCAGCACAGUGAUAUUCGACUGCCGCACUACAAUCAUGCGGAGUGGACCUUUUUGCGGGGGGCCGUGGCGGCAGUCGAUAGAGACUACGGGAGUCUUAUUAAUGCCUGGCUACAUCACAUUAACGACUCUCACGUGGUCCAUCAUCUCUUCAGUAUGAUGCCGCACUAUCAUGCAAUUGUGGUCACUCGGCGGUAUAUUCGCGAAAUACUGGGCGAUAUGUACAUCACAGAUGAGAGGCCGCUGUGGAAGUCGCUUGUGCACACCUGGCGGGAGUGCCGAUACGUGGUUCCAUCAGACGGUGUUUGCGUUUACCGUAGUUAA